AUGCGCAACCAUGUCGACGCUGUGGUGGACACCCGUUUAGAGGUCACCACCAAGGACUUGGAGAAGAAGAAAGUCACGGAGGAGACAGGGAAUGGAAGAGCUGCACCUGUCAAUGAGGAGAAUGGGACUCAGGGGGCUGAUGAAGAAGAAGAGGAAGAGGAAGAGGAAGAGGAAGAGGAGGAAGAGGAAGAGGAAGAGGAGGAAGAGGAAGAGGAAGAGGAGGAUGAGGAAGAGGAAGAGGAG